AUGAGCAAAUCUGGCGGCGGUAGCCGAAAAGUGAAGCUGCGCUUUGCCUCCAGUGGAGUCUCCUCGUCCAGUGAGUUUUUGAUCUUUUUUUAAGACGUAUCUUCUUAUGGAAUGCUAAAACUGAAACUAUACACUUUUAUGACUAUACGAAAGAAUUUCAUUUAAUAGUCAUUCGUCCAACUCGUCUGAACGUUGUUCAUAUCCCAAGUUUCACUUCCUUCCAUAGCUCUUUAGGACCAGUAUUUUGAUACUUACAAGUGAUAGAUGAUGUUUGUAUGUUUAUUUUCGAAAACCUAAUCUUAUUUACCUCCACACCAGUAAUGGUUACACAAUUUUAAAAUACUUAUGAGAGGAAGAGGGAGAAAUGAAACCUUCCGUCAGACUUUCACACUUUUCACUCAUCAAAACUUGCACUUCGUAAUCACUUCUACACUUCUCAAAUUACUCAAUCUUAAUAAGUUCUCUCUCUCUCUCUCUCUCUCUCUCUCUCUCUUGCUCUCUUUCUCAUUCGUUCUCUUUCUCAGUUGUUUUUAUUGAAUGCUUCUGCACUUGUCAUAUCCACGCGCCAUUGACCCUCUUAACCCUUUUUGCUCCCCGAGCCGUGUCCGGAUGCUAUAUAAGCAAGAGUGGGAACACUUGUGAAACUGGACAUGACGCUCACUCCUCGGGGGGAUACGUAACUUCAUUAUAAUAACAACGUAACUAGUGGUGGUACUACAAGCGGAUCGUUGAGUAGCCGGAAGGAAAGCCCAACGACUAACUGGCAAGAACUAAUGUUCGUAUAGAUCGGACACUCUGAUCUGACCGCCGCUUGAUUAGAUUUUGGUGGUCGGAAUUGAAGAGAAGUGUUAUUUUUGAAAGCUUUCAAAUGUGUUGGUGUACAAACAGAGAUUCGGGAAGAAAAAUUGAGUUGGAAGUGUGGGGAGGGUAGGCCUCAUCUAUUUGCAAUAACUGACUGGGGUUGGAAGUCAGUGUAGUCCCGUGUGAGAGCAGCCAUCCCUGCCCGGGUGUGACGAAGAAAAGAAAGCGCAUUUUUCUCUAUUCAAACGCACGUUUUGGUGGUAUCAAUCAUUUGAGAUAAAGGAUAGGAAACAAAGCAAAGGUGUCAUCGGCAACUUGAGUUGUGUCUUUGUCUCUCUCGCCAUGUUUUCCGAUGAGCCCGAAAAAAGUGAGUUUUAAGUAGUUUUUGUGUGAUUUUUGCCUCAAAACCCUAACCUAUAACCACGAUCCCAUAAAAUCUAAUUGUUAAGCCACAAGCCGCUUCUUCUCUUCUCGGCCUCACAAUCAGAAACAAACCCCCUCUUUCCCAUUCUUACCUUCGAAUGCACGUCCUGAAUUUCAAAGUAGUACAGAGAAAAGGGUAUAAUUGGUUGUAAAUCCGCCCCGUGAGUAUGGACAACUAUAACAACUCUGCGACCGACGAAAUUUCUUUCUGCGUGUCGUUACAAAUUGCAUUCUUAGAGCAAUUGCAAUGUCUGAAGAUGUGGAACCAGUUAAAAUGAUUAUAGGGGAGGCGGAAGGCCGUCCGUCAGAGUAGGCUCCUUGCUCAAAUUGUCCCGAUGGAAGAAUGCGGAGAUCGUCUUUGCUUGUUUUCUCUUUUCACUAGCCUACUUUUGGACAAUUUCCAUUUUUAUUUACUAUCGCACUACACAUUGUUCAAAUUCAUCCCCCCAAAAUCCGAUUCGCUUUCAUUUACGAUUCUUCUCCGUGUACCACGAAAAGAGACAGCGAAUAUACGAAGGCGGGCGAAAGAAUUGUAUGUUUUGGUGAGUGUAUGAUUCCGAACUUCUUCCAUUUUCCACAUUAUUCGUUCUACGAUUGCUAGCAUCUGGUCUCAAAGCCACAAUAACGUAAGUUGGUUCGCCCGGCAGUACAUGUUGCCCCCGCAGACACAUUGAUAGUAGCAAUUCUCGGCGCGAGGUGACCGACAAACAAUCAGCACGGGAGAGUGUAACAAAAAAGUGAUUGGGGUGCGGUGUGUGCCUCGAUAGCUCAGUUGGGAGAGCGUUAGACUGAAGAUCUAAAGGUCACCAGUUCGAUCCUGGUUCGGGGCAAUGUUUUUUGCGCUCAUGGAUCAUAUACUUCUUGUUUACAGAUGUUUUUUACUUGAAGUAUUGAGGUAUGUAUGUUCGACUACUUUGAAAAAUGUGUGUACAAGUGGGCAAAGAAAGAGCCGCGGGAAGCGGUCAUUCCAUAUCUAGCCCGGAGAUCUGGGUGGGUCCGGGCAUUCAUUCAUUUUCCUUGUUACAAUUUUUCAUAAGCACGCACAACAACGACUCCAGAUUCUUGCUUUCCUCACCAACUAUUUCAUUUGAGACUCAAACUACUAUACAUUAUUUCGUUCUUGACUCCAGUCUUGGGGUCCUACACGUUUCAUUUACACGCUUCAAAUGAUUUCCAAUGAGUGCGGUGACUUUUGAAUUCCAGAAAAUACCAAUCGCACUUUUACUAUACGAAUCGUUAGGUUACGCCUUCUUGACUUCCAAAUUUUUUUGUUGGAACAUUCAUUUCCUUCAAUUUCGUUCCCUCGGAAAACUGCUCGGUUUGCUUUUUUGCAUGUUUUGGUAGCCAGAAGAUGUGAUUUCUAUCAACCGUUCUUCAUCGGCCAAAAACAGGAAAUUGAAUUGUUCGUUGGCAAUUUUCAAAGAAUCGGAUUUAAAUGUGCAGGUUUUCCUUUAGAAACGCACCCACUUCAAGUACUUCCCUCUAUUUCCUCUCUGUACUUUUAAUUAGAUUCUCUGCACCGACUUCCGAGAAGAACCCUCCAGAAAUUCGUGCAAAAAUUAUGCCGGAAAUCACGCUCACGCUCCGACGGCGUUCCUGAAUACCUUGAAAGAACAAACAAUGGAAAUUACCUAUUCUGAACUUGUUUCUGUGAUAAGAAAGUUUGCAAAAAAGGAAAACUUUGCGUUUUGAGCUUCUGCUGUUGCGGGUUAGAGAACACAUUCAAAAUUUAUAUGAAAAACAUGGCAACCAUCGACAAGACAAACAUUAUUCAUAGAUAAAGAAAAGUCCUGCGGAGAAGCGCGAAAACCGAUGAGAGGCUGCUCAGACACUCUCAUUUCUCCGUCGUUUUCCCAACUUUUUCCUUUAGGUAGGAUUAAACGGCAUUUUUCUUUGAAGUUUACGACAAUUCGGAUGUUUCCCCCCAAAUAAUAAUCCUAGUAAGACUAUUGUAUGCAAAUUAGUUGGUUCCCCGCAUUUAUUCCAUCCGACGGACUCAAUUCAUCAAUCUUUGUUCUGUGCUGUUAGUAUGACACCUAAAUUUGGAAAAACCAGCAGAGAGUGAUGUAUGACUCUCAUUUAGAUGCGUUUGCUUCCGAAAUUUGUCCACUUUAUCCUCAAAUAUCAUUCAUUCUGUCCAUUUUUACUUAGAAGUGAUACUAAGCUAGAAGAAAAGAGUGAAUAGUAGAAAAGCUAUUUAUUAUAUCGAAGGUUAUAUUUUGAAUUCGCAUCUGCGGUGCAGCUCGCUCGUUUCUUGCUCGGCACAAGUGGAGAUGUACAUGGUCGUGUCGGAGCACAGAGCACCGAGAGCUCCGCCCCUUCACGCAUCGUCUGGGCGUUCGUGAAAUAGGCAGACUCUCUACAAACUGCCGUCCUCCAAAUUGAAUAGUGCGGUUAUAGAGAUUCUCGAUAUUAUUAUUAUCACUUUACUACGCUAUUCUAUUCGUCAAUGAAAAGCCAGCCGAGUGAAGAAUCGGCGACACCGGCGCCUGGAAACGCCGGAAAUCGGCGUGCAUCAAGCACCAGAAUUUCGUUUUCCGACCAGAUAGGUAACGUUGACUUUUAUUUCCUUCGAAGAGGCGUUAUUUGACCCCCCUCUUUAAGUUUCCGCUAGCACUUCGUCAUUUUCCCAGUUUGUUGAGUUUCCGAGUCAUGAAAAAAUCAGAGCUCUGACUUCUGAGAGCAUUAAUAGUCCCGCAAGUCUGAGAGAACCCAACCACAUCUCAUUUGGAAGAGUCAAUAAGAUCUUUGUUGUUCGCCACAAACUGACGCCAUACUUGGAGAAUAAAACAUGAGAAAGGCUCGACCGCGCCACAUAUAAACGUCUCAUUGUAGCCUUUGUUCUGGCCCAAACUUGUCUUCUUUUCUCCCUAUUCUUCCACCCAUCCUCAUCUGCUUUUGCUCCUUUGUUACCGGGACUACCUGGCGCCGAACACGUGUCCGUACAGCUCGGUCCGUCUUCCGAAUACGCUUUUCACCCGCCGUAUAUGAUGGAUGAUCUACUCUCGUGGCGUUGAAAUAUUCGUGUUUGUUUUGCGCCAAAACAACAAAUCAACACAAAGUACUUCUGGGAAUUAGCUCGGUUCGGUUAGCAAGCGGCGACGGCAGCGGAAGGCGCGAAAAAACAUUUGACCGACGCGAGAAAUACGACGAAUAGGUCAAAGAAGUGACGCCCUCUCGCUCAGACACACGUACACACAAAUCGUAUUCGGAUCUUGCAACAGGAGUGGGUAUUUAAUUGUUUUCCUGCCAAAUUCGAAAUUGUAAAAUGCAACGAGUAAUGGCCCGGCCGGUCGAAAACAUGGAAUUAAGAAUAGAUAAAUAGGAUGGCAAUCGUGAGAAAAAAUUAGCGCAAGUCGAGAAUGAGGUUUUCACGCCAAAAGCCAGCCUUUAUCGGCAGUUUUGCAUGAGUUGCUCUCUCUCUUUUUUCUUUUGCUCAAGACAAUUAGGUGUUGUUGCGUUGUACGCUGUUUUUGGAAACGACGGCAAUUAGGAUACUCAUCAAGUAGUUUGACUUAACAUGUUUCUUCUUGAAGCAACAAAAAAGAAGAUAUACAAACUUUCCGAGGGAUUGCAAAGUGAAAUGUUGGAGAAUUAAAGGAAAAAAGUUGAAACGGAAGAGAUCUGGUCCCGUUUUCACACCUAGCUGCCCAGCGGCUUCAUGUUCAAAUAAUCCAGACACUCGAUGGCUUUAUUUUUUGACUUCGAAAGCGGAUAAAGUAACACCUCUUUUUAUUUUAUCUGAUAUUUUAAAGGUUCUCUUUGCUCUGGAGUAAGUUAGACAAGAGGAGCGUCUCCGAGAGAGGGUCUAUGAAUUUCGUCAUUGAAAACAGAUCGAGACAUCAUUUCCUUCUCUCUUCCGUUCUACUCGUAUACCCCCCGCGAAAAGACGGAGCAUCAAACAACCACCGCUUAAGUAGAAUUCUCGAGAAUUUCAGCUUAUACUCUCCGCUCUCACCAAGCUCUGUCUGCAUGCACGGUCUUUUUUCCCGAUAAUCGUCUUCUCGACAUGUGUGUUUGAGGAGGAGAAACCACAUUUGAAACGCACGUUACUAGGGCGACCUGUUCCAAUCCAAUUAAUCUUUUUUUUUUCGACGCUCGUUGCGUUCUCCUCCCACCCGUUACCCUUCGUUGUCCUUCCUUUUCUUUCAUUUCCACCCUUCACACUUUUCGCUUUUUAGAUGGAGUUUCUGGAAGUGCGCCAAGGAUCACUGCGUAAGUUAGGAAAAGUCAGGAGAAGGAGUUGUCGGAAGAAGAUGGAAAGGUUUUGGAGACCAUGACAAGCCCCACUGGCUUAGUUUCAUAAGUCUAGUUGCCCUGGUCUUGAAAAAUGUACACGGGUCACUUUCGCUCCGUUUCUCCACUUUUUAACGACAGAGAACUCUCUGACAGUGAAGUUAUGAAUAUCUUCAUAAGUAAACGGAUCUGUGAACCGAUCAAGUUAACUUGUUCGUCUAAAUGCCAUUCCUAAUUGGACGAUUCCCCUAGUCACUUCUCAUGUUUGCCAUGAAAAGCUCCGCCUUCUGACGACUGGCAGCUCAAUUACCAGAACAGUAGAGACAGAUUGACUUUUUAGCCAGUGUCAAUUAGUCGACUUUCUCAAAUUCCUAUAUUUUUCCAGACGGCGGUGAUUCCGGCGAUUCCUCAUCAAACGAAAGCGAGCGACUAAUGGAUUCGGAUGAAGAAGGGAACAUUCAGAUUCCGGUACCCACCGGACAACCUCGUGGACGUAUGGGACGCAGGUAAGUACCCUCUCUGGGGAACUUCAAAAUCCGGUCGCACUUCCUGUUUCGUUUCAUAUAUCCCAUUCUCACCUCUUUGCGCACACAACCUCCAAUUGAACUCUGACCCAUUUCCGCCCUUAUUCUUUCUGCUCGAAAAUAGUGACAGAGAAAAUGGGAGAGAAUGCAUGUGUGCACGGAAGAUUACACUUCGAGUAAUCCGAACUCAUUCAUCAAAGCGCUUCUUUGCUACAAGAAUUAGGUACUUUUUGGCGACACAUCGCUCGCGCAGCACCCACGGCUUCGACGGCUCAAUCUUUUCCCAUUCUCUCCGCACGCGCAGAGAAGUACUGCUCGUAAAGAAACAUGGGACCGGGGGCGGUUUUGUCUUGCGAGUUUCUUAAGAUAAUUACGGGUUGGAGAAUGACAAAUAAGUCGGUCGGUCGGUACCGAGCGGUUCCUUUUCGGCGAGCAUUCGUACUGGCCAGCGAGCGGGUUGGAGGGGAGAUGAGAACGCGUUCUCGACGGAUACAUAAUCUUAUUUGCACUUUGUAUCAAACACGCGCCAAUUAGGAUCGUUUCAUAGUGCAUGAUGACUUCUGAAAUUUGAGAGCAUGUAAAUAGGUUACAAAGAUUAUCUUUUCCCAUGGGACUGUGUACGAACUUGUGGUGUGUAUGAGUGGAAUGAUGGAAACAAAUAUCCGAGGGAUGAUGUUUCAGGUUCACCCUCAAUCCGCUCAUUUUUGCUAAGGAGGAACGAGAGGCGCGACGACAGUCGUUAGCACAACUCAAACUAAGCUACUAUCCAAAGCACAUGAAUCGUAAGUAUUGCAUCGCGUUAAUUGCUCCUUUGCACUCAUUUAUUCUGCACACAAACUUGUGUGUCCUUCCGUUUCGGAAGAAAGUUAGACAAGGGCUCAAAAACCAAAAAAAAGGGUCUUGAAAUAGCACUGGCUUUCAGCGGAGCACUAUGAUACUGGACUAGGAUUUUGUGGAUGGUUUCUGAUGGGUCUCUCAUGGAUUAUCGUCAUAUCCACGUUCCCAGUUUCCAUCUAUUUCUGUAUGAAGGUGGUGCAGGAAUACGAAAGAGCUGUUAUCUUCCGACUUGGUAGACUUAUCGGCGGUGGCGCCAAAGGACCAGGUAUAAAAACAGAUCGUUAUAAUCUGCUCAUGGUUCUUUUUAGGAAUCUUCUUUGUCCUUCCAUGCAUCGAAUCGUACACAAAAGUGGAUCUCAGAACAGUCUCAUUCAGUGUUCCACCGCAGGAAAUUCUCACAAAGGACUCAGUGACCACUUCUGUAGACGCGGUCAUUUAUUAUAGGAUUUGCAACGCGACAGUCAGCGUUGCAAACGUCGAAAACGCUCAUCACUCCACUAGGUAACGUCAUUUUCACCAGUGACUGAUCCUUUAUUUUCUAUUCAGAUUACUUGCUCAAACCACUCUCCGAAACAUGUUGGGUACCCGAAGUCUUUCUGAAAUUUUGUCUGACCGUGAAACGCUCGCGACUUCUAUGCAAACCAUUCUUGACGAAGCCACCGAGAGCUGGGGAAUUAAAGUGGAACGAGUUGAAAUGUAAGUAAAAGGUCGGAAAUUAUAUGCAUUCUGAUGAAUAUUUUCAGUAAGGAUGUCCGACUUCCAAUUCAACUCCAAAGAGCCAUGGCUGCUGAAGCUGAAGCGACUCGUGAAGCCAGAGCCAAGGUGGGUGUCAUCUAAGGCCAUGUUGAAAUAUAUUUUUGAUUCUGUUUUAAGGUCAUUGCCGCCGAAGGUGAACAGAAAGCAUCGAGAUCCCUGCGCGAGGCGGCUUCGGUCAUUGCCCAGUCGCCGGCGGCUCUUCAGCUCCGUUAUCUUCAAACUUUGAACAGCGUCGCGUAAGUACAUGAUGCUAAAACAUGUGAGAACCAUGACUAAUGCCACGUGUUUCCUUACAGAGCGGAAAAGAACUCGACAAUUAUCUUCCCACUGCCGAUGGAAUUCGUUAGGCAUCUAAUCAACUGA